CGGAGCUAGCCGCCAUUUUCUAAGCGUCUCUCCCUAAAACGAGAGAGAAAGCCCCGCGACGAGCCGCCCUCCGGACCCGCUCCUGCGCACCGACACCCGGGUUCUUUUGGCGGGGGCCGGUCGCCGGAUCGCCCGCAGUCGAAGCCACGCGGGGGGAUCGAACCUUUCCCCGGCCUGGUCUCGUCUUCUCGGCGGGUUCGGGUGAAGCUAGCAGCCGAGGAGGAGGAGAUGGUCGCUUCGCCCAUUGCCUGAAUCCGGAACGAGCCGAGCGGCCGUGCGACCCGGGCCGAGGAGCCUCUUUCUGGAUUAAUUCAUGGCGGAUUGAUCGAAUCCCAAACACCGCUUUUUCCCCCUCGCACCCUUUUCGGUGUAUUUUGUUGUUUCUCCACAAACUGCGGGGGAUUGUUGCCGAAAUUCCCUCGGAUAGUGCAACCUCGUCACGUGGCUGUCCUCAGGUGGGGCAGUAAGCGGGUGGUGUGGAGCAGGCCGAGGUGCCCGUCCCUCUGCACUGCAUGGCUGCGAUGGCGCCCGCUCUCACCGACGCCCCAGCCGAAGCUCACCACAUCCGCUUCAAACUGGCUGCCCCAUCCUCAAGUCUCUCACCGGCCAGUGCAGAGAACAACGGCAACGCCAGCAACAUCCUCAUCCACAGCAGCGGCCCGGCUAAGUGCAAGGCCUCCCCCGAAGAGUGUCCUCUUGACUUCUGCGGCGUGGACCAGGAGCAGCAGCAGCAGCAGCAGCCCCAGGCAGACUCCGUGGCCCAGGCCUCGGCCCUGGGCAAACUCCAGCCUCUGGUGGCUUCCUAUCGAUGCUCUGAUGUGACACCUGUCCCUUCCACUAAGGAGACGAUCAAGCUGCAAGGGGUCCUCAUCAAACAGUCUGUGUUGAAAAGCCACAGAAUACUGCCCACGUCCCUGCUGAACGGCGGAGGAGACUUCCUGCUGAGGAAGAGGCAGGCGAUUGAACUCUCUGGCAGCCAGCUCAAAACCCUCAUGAGCGGCAGCACGAACGGAGGUGGCCAGCCCAUGGCACCUGUCAACGGCCUGGCCAAGAAGCUGGCCACUAUGUCCGGGCCUGGCUGCGUCAUGGCAGUGAAUGGUGACAAACCCACUGCCACCACAGACUCUCAGUCCCAGAACCUGCCCUUGGACUCGGAGACCUUAUCAGGGCACAUCCCGGUGAAAGGAACCCUCAAACAGAAGCAUUCCUCUGGGGUUCCUCAAAAUACAGAUGGAAAACACUUCGAACCCUCAGUGCUUCAGUCUCGUGCACUUCCCCCCUUUACUCACGACAACCCCGACCCCAAUGAACAGGUGAAUUUAGAGGAGGCUGAUUCACACACGUCCACCAGUCAGCCGCAGGGCUCAGAUAGGGAGAAGCCAGGUAGCAGCCUGCAGGGAUCCCCGUCCUGCACACCUGCUCCGCAGCCUCCUCUCCCCUGUAGUUCUUCCUCGGACAGCCUUGACGCUCACGUUCGGGAGCGCACGCUUCUCAACAACAGCCGCCAAGCUGAGAUUGAGAGCCGGCUCAGGCGUCUGCGCAAACGUCUCCAGGUGGUACAGGCCAAGCAGGUGGAGCGGCAUAUCCAACAGCAGCUCGGCGGCUUCUUGGACUCGGCUCUCAACCGGCUGCUGGCCGGGAACCGCAAGUCGGAGACGGCGACCCCUACAGCCACGUGGAGGACUGGACGCCACUCUUCCUCCAACAACAGAGACGGACUCAGCCGCUUCCUGAAGGGCGGCUCCAUGCCCUUGGAGCUGGAGAGGCUGUACCUGAGUGGGUCGGCCAACCUGCAUUCAGCAGAAAGCGCCUUUGACUCCGAUGUGACAGAAAGUAGCUCUGGAGGGGACUCUGACCUGGAGGAGGAGGAGCUGGCCCGAGUGGACAUUGAUCAGCGUCACGUCAAAAUAUGGAAGCGAGCCGAGAGCCGCUACACGGUGGAGAGAGCUGCCAUCAUCAGCCACUGGAACUGGCUCCAGGCCCACAUCUCGGACCUGGAGUACCGCAUCCGCCAGCAGACCGACAUCUACAGACAGAUCCGCGCCAGCAAGGGCUUAGUAGAGCUGGGCGGCGUUUCCCCGAGCGCGGUGCCGGCCGGUGGGAUCGAAGUGAAAGCAGAACCUGUCAGCAGUCAGAUGCAGGACGCUGGUUCAGAACGGCUGGAGCACACAGGCGCCGCCCACAUCUCCCACGCAGAGGGCGGCCCGUGGAAAGGUCAGAACGGACAGCCGGUCAACGGCGUCCUCAGCAGGAUGUCGGAGAGUGCGGACAACAAGCACCAGCAGCCGUCAGCCUAUGACAGCACGUGUGUGGCUGCACGGACACGCCCACUCGUCAGCUGUCGGCGGCGGCGGCUCAUCCAGCCCAACGCUGUGCCCAACCUCAACGGCAAGGCCCCGAGAAGCAGCUGCAUCCAGUGUAACUGCCGCGUUAACUCCAGCUGUGUGAUGUGUGGUGGCUGGCCCACCCCCAGAGAAGACCCUCAGUAUGAGCUGCCCACCCUGGAGCGCCUGUCAAGGCUGGAUCUUGGCGUCCACCCCAUCCUCUCCUUUCCUGACGAUGUUUGUAUAGGCCUCCGUCUGCAGCAGGUGAUGAAGAGCCAGUGGCAGACCAAGUCCCUGGAGAGGAGCAAACCCCUGAAGAAGCUCUCCCUCAAACACAAGCUCUCCUCGUCCAAAGAGAAGCACAAGUUCACCAACUCACUCAUGGCAGUCAGCGUUGCAGGAAUGGGGCAUUAUAAGAACCGUGCUGAGAAGCCGAGGACGCUGGACGGCGGCGUGGGCGGCAGCGGCUCGGCGCUGAACACGGCGCGGCUCGAGGGCCAAGCCGUGUGCAAGACGGAGCGGCUGCAGGCCAUCUCACACCCGCUGGGGCCCUACGACAAGAACUACAGCCGCAAGAGGUUAAGAGAGCCCUCGCUGGAUCGAACCGACACCUCCCCGAAACUCUUCUUGGACUCAAGCAGCAGCUGCCCGACUCUGGCCAACAUGCACUCGUCCCUCCACAGCCCCCUGACACGCCAGCUGUCCACGUCUUCAGAGAACUCCACGCCGCUGGGCGCCAGCAGCCAGGGCGUCUCGAGCACACCUCAGCAGCCGAUCAAGAGGAGGCGGGGUGAGAGCUCCUUCGACAUCAACAACAUCGUGAUCCCCAUGUCUGUGGCCGCCACCACCCGAGUGGAGAAGCUGCAGUACAAAGAGAUUCUCACGCCCAGGUGGCGAAGCGUGGACAUCUUCUCCCAGCCAAUCACGGAUGAGGAGGACGAGCGAGAGGUUGAGGACCUGACGGACGCAGCUUUCAUCGGACUCCACCAGCCGCACGAAGACCAGGAGCGGACUCGCUGGACCUGGAUGGCGUUGGCUCCGGCUAAGAGGCGAGGCAGCAGGUCGUACAAGUCAGUCGAUGGGCGGACCACGCCGCUGCUGUGCGGCACGAACCCUCCCACCCCCCACCCGGAGUCACCUGACCCGGGCCACUGCCCGAUGCUCCACGACUACAGCCACGUGCCGUCGCCCAUGAGCCCGCCGAGCCCGGACAACACCUCCAACCCCCACACCCCCUGCUCCCGGGACUCCCACCGCCUGCUGUCCAGCGAGGACACGCGCUGCUCCACGCCGGACUUCACCUUCGAAGAACGGACGGUGCCGCCGUGGGAGCGCCGCUGCUUCCCGAUGCCAGAGGACCCGGAGCUGGAGCCGGAGCCGGAGAGCGACUUCAGGCCCAGGAUCAGAACCAUCUCAGGUUGCCGAGCAACAGCCUACGGACGUCUGGACUCGGACGACAUGGAUCAGCCUUGCGACGACGAGGGCGGCCCCAAACUCAAGGGCUCCGCCCACCGAUGAAUGACUGACAGGCUGAGGUCGCCCGGCCCCUCCCUCCCUCCACCACCACAGCCCCUCCCCUCACCCGCCCUCAGCUCCUCUCUGGCAUUAACAAGCAGAACCUCAACGCAGAGUAAGAUAUUAAUGGGUUCCUGUUGUUUGAUAUUCAAACAUCAGUCUAAUACUUUCACAGUUUUUAGUGAACAUUAUGGAGAUAGAAGCCUUUUCCCUACACUUGUUUUUGUCACAGGAAAAAAAGGAUUAAAUGUAAAAAAUAAAAAAAAGGUAAAAAAGUAUAAAACAAACACGUUAAUAAAAAUGAUUUCUGUAGUAGGCUAAACAAUGUACAUGGGGGCUUAGUGGUGUUUCAUAUGUGGCGUGUACACUCGUAGCGCACUAUGUAGCGGACUCCUCAAAAUAUGGCCAAAGGGUGUUUUCUAUUGACUAGUUUGCUUGUAAUUCCCAUGUACAUUUUUAGUGGAGUGACAAAUAACAAUACAAGAAAAAAUACCCCCCCCCCCUCCGAUUCUCCUCCCCGCCCUCCUCAUCCAAAUAAACAGGUACAUUUGAGAUGUGGUCCCUUCUUCUCCCACUAGAGGUCGCCUGAAAUCACCAGAGCACUUCUCCAAACUGCCAAGUCUCGUUUCUGUUGCUUUCUCUGUUCGUCGGUUUGUUCGUUUCCAUUCCUGACUUGAUUUUAUUUGUAUUUGUUUCUGUCUGUUCCAGCGUAACGACACAUUCUGUGUUUUAUUUUGAAGAAGUAAAAAAUAAAUUUUAAAAAAAUCAUUCCUUUUGUGAGGUCUCUGUAGAGAGUGUCCAGCUGCCUCCUGGCCCCGCCCCCCUCGCCAGCAGGCUCUCUGAUGUGUCGGGUGUGAACGAGGGCGGCGGCGGCGCUCGGAACCGGGCCGUUUUGUUUUUGUUGUUUUCUUUUCGUUUGAGCACUUGCCCUUACAGAGAGCGCUGCUGCAUGCUGGGAAAACAUGCUAACGUUUAGUCUUAUCACAAGAGCACAGUCGGAUUUCCACCUAACGGGAGAAAGACGGGAACCAAUCGCAGCGGAGGAUUCACACCAUCUGUUGAUUUAGCUUCUCGGUCAUUGCUGUAUUACACAAGUCCAAAAACGUGGCAAAAUAAAGACCUAAAAUAAAACGCCCCCUCCCCCCCACCUUUGAUUUCUCUCUCCUGGUUCAGUUUGUCGUCCUGCGAACAUUUCACAUGUAGCAGCUCUUCGCUAAACGCCCCCCCCGAGCUCAGGUUCUUCAAUUUAAGGGAAAAAUACUUUCUGCUGUUGAAUAGUUUCAUCAUCGAUUGAUCAGAUCCAAAUUCUCUGUUGGAUUUUUCUUCUCCUUUAAACCCCGCCCCCGCCCCCCUUGUCCUCCCCCUCCCUCCCUUAUUGCUAUGCAAAAAAAAAAAAUCUAUGGUUGUUUCAUUUUACACCUCUUUUUAUGCCACAGCCAUUCAAUCACUGUUUUGUUUGUUUUCUUUUGUAGUUAAGCAAGAUGUCGAUGUACCUGUUCGAUUGUUGCAGCAGUUAACCUAAUCAAAAAGCAGAAUUGUUUUUUCUUUUUUGUAAAUAGUACCAUUAAAACAUUUAUGUUUAACUUGGA